CGGAGGGCGCUUGCGCACUGGGCCGAGGCGCGAGCGCCGGAUUUCCUCGCUGCUCCGCAACUCUUUCCUCGGCUCCCGCCGCCCGGGCCGAAUGGCUGAGAAGCCCCUGCGUCUGUUGGCUUGUGGAGAUGUUGAAGGAAAGUUUGAUGUUUUAUUCAAUAGAGUCCGAGCAAUUCAGAAGAAAAGUGGAAACUUUGAUCUCCUGUUGUGUGUAGGUGACUUCUUUGGCUCCACAUCAAGUACUCAAUGGGAGGAAUACAAGACUGGAGUCAAGAAAGCACCUAUUCAGACUUAUGUGCUCGGUGCCAAUAACCAGGAAGCCGUCAAAUACUUCUCAGAUGUUGAUGGAUGUGAACUAGCUGAAAACAUUACUUACCUAGGUAGAAAAGGUGUUUUCACUGGUGCCUCAGGACUACAGAUUGUAUACCUCAGUGGGACAGAGUCAUUGGCUGAGCCUGCCCCACCUUACAGUUUUACCUCGAAGGAUAUAUACUCCCUGAAGUCAGCUUUGCAGUCCACAUCACAUUUUAAAGGUGUUGAUCUCUUGCUGACAUCCCCAUGGCCCAAGGGUGUGGGGAACUUUGGAAAUGCUUCUGGAGAUGUGGAUACGAAGAAAAAUGGCUCCUCUUUGAUCUCCCUUCUUGCCAUGGACUUGAAGCCCAGGUAUCAUUUUGCUGCCUUGGAAAAGACUUAUUAUGAGAGGCUUCCUUAUCGGAACCACGCAGUCCUCCAGGAAACUGCUCAGCAUGUCACUCGGUUCAUAGCUCUGGCAAAUGUUGGAAACCCAGAGAAGAGAAAGUACCUCUACGCAUUCAGUAUCCUCCCCCUUAAUCUGAUGGAUGUGGCAGAGCUAGUGAAGCAACCACCAGAUGUCACUGAAAACCCAUUCAGAAAAUCUGGGAAGGAAGCCCUGUCAGUAAAACUGAGCCUGGCUUCACAGGAAGAACCAGCCUGUCAGUUUUUCUUUGAUUUAAGCAAAAAGCAGGGAAAGAAACGUCAGUCCACCGGGGGAGACAGCAGGGGGUCUUCCCCCAAGCAACCUCGGAAACCACCUCAGCCCCUUGGGCCCUGCUGGUUCUGUCUGGCCAGUCCUGAAGUGGAAAAGCAUUUGGUAGUCAGCAUUGGCACACACUGCUACCUCGCCCUGGCCAAAGGUGGAUUAUGUGAUGAUCAUGUUCUGAUCUUGCCCAUCGGGCACUACCAGUCAAUGAUAGAUCUUUCAAGAGAGGUGAUAGAAGAAGUGGAAAAGUACAAGUCUGCAGUGAGACAGCUCUUUAAGAGCAAAGGGAAGCGAUGCAUUCUGUUUGAGAGGAAUUACAGGAGUCAUCACCUCCAGCUACAGGUUGUUCCUGUACCUCUCAGCUGCUGCACCACCGAUGACAUCAAGGAGGCCUUCAUCGUCCAGGCCCAGGAGCAGCACAUCGAGCUGCUAGAAAUUCCAGAACACUCAGAUAUCCAGCAGAUUGCACAGCCCGGAGCACCCUAUUUCUAUGUGGAGUUGGACACGGGAGAGAAGCUUUUCCACAGAAUUAAGAAGAGUUUUCCCCUGCAUUUUGGAAGGGAGGUUUUGGCGAGUGAGGCCAUCCUCAACAUUCCCGAUAAGUCUGACUGGAGGCAGUGCCCUCGUGGCCGAGAAGAGGAGGAAGCUCUGGCUCACUUGUUCCGAAAGCAUUUCCAGCCCUUCGACUUUGCUGAGGAGAACUGACUGAUGAGGAGCCCUUCCCACAGUCCCAGAGUAGAACCGGUGGCCUGUCAGGCUCAGGUUUUCUGCGGGGCUAUUUCCUUGGUUCUUUGAAACAUAUCCUUUGUACCAUAAGCCACAUCUUCUGUGUUCCCAUCACUGAGAGCUGCCCUGUGAGCAGAGAGGAUUGGAGAUAUGCAGUUACUGCUGGCGGAACAGGCAGAAUUGCUGUUUGUGGGCAUGAAGCCGUUUCCAGAACAAAUAUCCUUGCCUGCUAGUAAACAUCUCUUUUAUAUCUUUACUACAACUAGCUAUUAUUGAUAUUUUAAUAUUUUUUUAAACUACCAAAAUAAAAUUCUACUUUG